AUGGAUGCAAAGAGGAAGUUGCACAGAAAGAUCCAUUCCUAUGCGAGAAGGAUAAGAGAAGAAGACAUAUUGAGGGCAAACCCUAUCCAACAGUAUGGGAACAAAAAUCAGAAGAGUAUCCCAAAGUUUAAAUCAUUCCAAACUCAAGCUCAAAGCCAGGUGAAUCCAGAUCUGUAUGGAGAUAAUAACACAAGGCUUUUCACAUUUUGGACAGCUGAUGCAGAUAAACACACUGGAUGCUAUGAUCUUCUUUGUUCUAGCUUUAUUCAAGUUAACAAUGAAAUAGCCCUGGGAGACACCAUAGAACCAUUCUAUGUCUUUGGUGAUACUAAUUCCCAAUAUGAAAUCACCAUUCUUAUCUAG